ACGAAUGAUUAUCCGCUUCUAUGUUAGCUAUGGUUGUUACUGUCAUAUCAUGUGAAUGUGUAAUUAAUUGUUGUGUGCGUGAGGAGAGGUCACUCAUGGAGAUUGAAAUGAGGGUUUUCUUCUGCGUAUUGGCUACUACUGCUGUAGGCGAAUUUGAACGUCUUUCUCUGCCCAUUCCCAUGGAAGUAGAACUCCUUAGUAGAUUCACUAACCUGCGCGACUUCAAAGCUCCGUAGCCAUUAGGUUUGCUGCUGAAUCGGGAAUCCUCUGCAAGGAGGAAGAUAAAGAUUGUAUUUCGUUUGCUUUGCGUAGAAAAGAAGAAAUAGAGCGGACUGAUAGCUCAAUACCUCAAUGGAAGACAUUGAGUUCUGAGGAUGUUGGGAUUGAUACAUCAAUGAUUUCAAAGCCUACGCGACUGGUUUUAAAUGGACUGAGGAAACAAGGGUAUGAAGUUUAUCUUGUUGGUGGGUGUGUUCGGGAUCUUGUCCUAAGGAGAAUUCCUAAAGACUUUGAUAUCAUCACUUCAGCUCAGCUCAAAGAGGUACGGAAAAUUUUUACCCGAUCUCUAAUCGUUGGAAAGCGGUUUCCAAUUUGUCAUGUAUAUGUGCUUAACACUAUUAUAGAGGUUUCGAGCUUUAGCACCUCUGGAAGUAGGAAUGGUUUUAAUAAUUACAUUACCAAACCUUCCAACUUAAAUGAGCCUGAUUAUAUUCGCUGGAAGAAUUGCUCUCAGCGGGACUUUACAAUUAACAGUUUGAUGUAUGAUCCUUACAAAAAGAUUGUAUAUGACUAUUUGGGGGCAAUGGAGGACAUAAGAAAAUCCAAGGUGCGAACUAUAAAACCUGCAAAUCUUUCCUUUACUGAGGACUGUGCUCGAAUUUUACGUGCGGUAAGAAUCGCAGCUCGAUUAGGAUUUUGUUUUACCAGAGACAUAGCACUUUCCAUAAAAGAGUUAUCUUGCUCUGUGUUAAAACUUGACAAGGUAUCUGCCAUUCCGGCUAAUUAUGGUUUUGAUAUCUCCUUAGGCCAAUUUUCAAUUUAUCUUUUAAUAUUACAGGGGCGAAUACUUAUGGAAAUGAAUUAUAUGUUAGCAUUUGGAUCUGCAGAGGCUUCUUUGAGAUUAUUGUGGAGAUUCGGACUUCUCGAGAUACUUCUUCCAAUCCAAGCAUCAUAUUUUGUUUCCCAAGGAUUCAGGAGGCGUGAUGCAAGUUCAAAUAUGCUGCUGAUUUUGCUUUCCAACCUUGAUAAAUUUGUGGCACCCAAUCGACCAUGCCAUAGCAGCUUAUGGAUUGCUCUCUUAGCAUUUCAUAAAGCUUUGGUUGACCAGCCUCAAGAUCCAGUGGUUGUUGCAGCAUUUAGCCUUGCUGUCCAUAGUGGUGGAUCCUUGUAUGAAGCAAUUGAAAUAGCCCAAAAUAUAUCGCAGCCACAUGCAUCAUUUCAUGAAAUAGUAGAAAGUAACCACAAAGAAUCAGAUUAUUCACUGCUGGAGCAGGUCGUUGAUCUUGCAGUUUCAGUGGAUGCCGUGAUAUGCAAGAUGACCAAUAAGCAAUAUGUUUCACAAGCUAUGAUCAAAUAUCCUCAAGCACCUUGGUCAGAUCUGGUUUUCAUCCCACAGGCUUUGUCAAUGAGGGUACGUGCAAUUUUUGGAUGUGUUAGGAGCAAUGAAAGGGGACCGAUUCCGAAAAGAAGUAGAACAAUCAACCAUGAUUCCUUGGCUAUGGGGAUCUUACCGGAGGUUCGACAUGUUUUUGCUAGGAUUGUUUUCGACACAGUUUUCCCUCGAAAGCAAAAUGGACAGUUCAAUAAUGUCGAACCAACCAAGAGAUGAACAGAUUAAAUGUAUUUCUUUUUGCAAUAUGGCAACAGGACGAGAUGACUGAUCUUAAGUUGAUCGAGAAGCGCUUAGCUUGUCGAUAUGAAGGGCCAAAUGAUGUUGCAUUUGGAUCUUCCAUUGGGUGAGUGGUGAAGGCCAUAUCAGGCUGAAAAAUUCAACAGCAGAAGCAAAGGCUUCAGGUUGAUAUUAAUAUCUGGUCUCUGAAGAAAUACCGUUGAAGUUUGGGAAUGUGCACUGGGGGAAAGUGGAUUGAAUUGGGAGUUCAUUUGAUCUGAAUCAUCUUCCAACUUGAGUUUUUGGACAUUCAUUACAAUAAUACCAGAGACUUAAGUAAUUGAAGCUUUAGUUUCACCUGAGUGUCAAAAUUUCAAACCACUUUGUCGAGGCCUACAUCCAAGGAGUUUUGAGAGGCUUGUCUUACUAUUUUGAUCACUAGACUUCGAAAUUUAAUAGAUCUCCCAAAGAUGUUUGGAGCACUAAUUUGGAAUGGGUAGCCCACUCAACAUUUGAGGUGUAUGUUAAAAUAAUAGGAAAAGGGCUUCUACAUCUUUAGUCUAAUUACAAAAAUUUCUUAAAUUCUC